AUGACAACGCAGCAAGAAUUAGUACAGGUCUUAAAAGGAAUUAAGGGUUCAGGAAAGACGUCACUACUCGACGUUAUCGCGUGCCGCUCAACGGGCAAGGUAACCGGAAGCAUCCUUUACAACGCAACGAAGUGCACGCGCGCGAUUGUCCAGAACCAUGCCACCUGCGUCAUGCAAGCAGAUCGUCUGCUACCAAACCUCACCGUGCGCGAGACUCUCACGUUCACUGCGAGACUUAAACUACAUUACAUGAUAUUUCUGGAUGAGCCCACAUCCGGAAUUGACAGCUACACGGCGCGCUACCUGAUUUCGAACCUACGAAAUCUCGCGAGACGCGGGAAGAUCGUCCUUCUGACCAUCCACCAGCCCAGCUCCGACAUCUUCACCCUGCUGGAUAAGGUAGGGAUAAUGUCCAAGGGGGAGAUGGUUAUAGAACGGCGAGAUAUUGAGAAGGAGCGCGGGAGUCUCGAGCGUGUGGCGAGUCUCGUGCAGGCCUUUAAAAGCUCACCGACCCACUUACAGACGAUCAAAGACAUACCCGCGGGCCUAAAGGAGGGACCCACGUGCAUAGAAGGGGACGCCAGGGAUCCUGGGUCCAGCUACUUCCGGGACUACGUUGCGCGCCUGCUGCUACUUCCGCUGUUUUUCUCCUCCAUCCUGAUUUUCCUGGGCAACCUAAAGCACAACCAGCAUAGCAUUCAGGACCGCGUGGGACUCUUGUACCAGUCAUCUACUGUGCCGCCAUUUAUGGGCAUCAUUAACAGCGUGGCGCUAUCCCCGUGUUUCCGGGACCAGUACUACCGCGAGAAGCGAGACGGUCUCUAUGGUACGGUGACAUUCCUGCUGGCCUACUCCAUACACGUGCUGCCAUUCCAUCUCAUUUCCAGCGCGAAAUCAUUGGAUCCUGGUUCUGGGAAAGCGGAGCUUAAAGCAUAUGCGUAA